GAGCAGGAGAAUUUUUAAACCUGAUGAACCACGUGAGGAGCUUUCCAGUCUAACCAGAAAGCCUCUCAUUUUCUACAGCAAGUAUAGUUCAGUGAAUUCCAAAUCCCUUGGGCCUUUUUCUUUUUUACAUCGAGCAUGAACUCACCUAGCAUCUUGCUGUGACAGUUGCUUGGUAUUGAGUCCAUCUGCAUUUCUUGCACUCCAGAUUGCUUCCAGCUGUGGCUGGCAUGCGUCACUCAUAUUUAGAGUUUACUUUUUUUUUUUUUUUUUUUUAAGAACCAUUCUUUUGGAUUUAUGUGGUAUUUUCAUGAUAGGAGGAAAACAACAUUAUUUGUAUUUGGCUAAAGAACAAACAAGGGAUAUGACUACUUACCAAAAAAAAACAGGGGAUAUGACUGUUGUGAAGCUCCUUGUACCUGGCUGAAGACCUUUAAAACCCGUUGUUGCUAUGGUAACAAAAGACACUGCCACUUUCUGUUGGUGCAUAAGAGCUUUGGAAUGCCUCUAAUAUAUGAUAUCCUGAUUUGAUUUAUUCUAUUUUCUGAAGUGAUUUUAAAUGCUAAAAUCAAGGUCGGAAAGGAGGCGCAUUUUCAGUCGACGGCAUCAUCCUUUGAGAUGUUCACUGCCCCAAGCCGAUGGCGGUGGGCUAAUCAAAUAUCUUACUCAGAAUCCUAGUCUCUAUGACAUUUGAUUGGAUGAUCCAGAAGGGAAGAUAUGGUUGACCAACUUUAUCUAAUGCCGAUCCCCUGGGGCCUUAAUAUCAGAAGACAACUAGAGAAGAUGAGAAUCGCAAGUACAUCAUCAUAGAAAAGAUACUGAGCUCAUAAGCUGGAAAGCCUGUACAAGAAUAGCUGGUGUUUCUCCCCAAAGCCUAUCUGCUUCAGUCCUCAAGGCUACAGCAUGCAUCACGUUUACAGCUUUUAGUGGGUAUCUGCAUGAGAACCAUAUAAGCAACUGCUUAUGAACAGAUUACACCAGCAACAAACUAGAUGGUAACAAAUAAUUUAAUGAUUACUAUAAUUUUAACCAACAAGCCUCAACCCUAUUUAAGCAAGAUUGAAUUGAGAACAAAUCGAUUUAAAGAAAAAAGUCUUCAGUUACAUGAGAGGAGGAAAAAAAUCUAAAGAAACAUUCCUUGUUCUUGUGAGGUUUAUGCAUAACAAUCUAUUCAAGGCAAUGGAAAAGGGAGAGCACAGGGGAUUGCAGGGCCCACUUACUGCUUUUUCUUGACUCGACCCGUUUGUGGCCCGACCAGAUCCGUUAAUCCUUCUUUGCCACCGGUCGGUCGGUUGUUGCGGUUCUCUGCUGAUGGUGACCGUAUUCCGGAGCCUUUGUGUGGAAAUCUCAGGUACGAUUGACCUCAUAAAAAAUUUCGAUGCGGGAAAGCGUCGACGGAUGCGAUGAUUUCCCACGUGCAGCCGCGGCAGCAGAGUUGAGUUUUCUAUUUCAGAACCGAUCUCCCUCACGGCAAAAAGCGCGGGAAAAUGAGCAAAAACUCUCAAGGCGGGAAGAUCCCCUCCCCUCCCCCACCUUCUCUCCUAUAAGAAUUCCCCGACUGCCGUAUCGGUUUCCGAUUUUUUCCCUCCUUGCUUUUGAUCGCCCUCUCGCUCGCUCCAUUUGUUUCCCUGCCUCAAAACCCUAAUCUGAAGAUCGGCCCAAGAAGUCCUAGGUUGGGCCAAUCGAUCAAGUAGGGAUGGACACAGAAGGGCUUUCGAUCAUCUGUGCCGGCCUCGGAUUUUCCGAAGAGGACGAGAACGGGAUUGUAACAGGUUAUUCUAAGAGCGAGUAUUGUUUGGAUAAUUUAAAGGAUCUGCAGAGAUUUCUCCGGCGAGACGAUCCACAGCGGAGAGAUGUAUUCAAACAGAUUUGCAAGUGGAACACGGUGUCUCGUGAUUUGAUCCCGAUUAUUGAACAUUAUCAGAGCGAUUGGAAUUUGGUGAUCGGUGCCGUGAAAAUUUUGGUAUUCCUUACAAUGCCUAUAGAUCCUUCAUCCGAUGAUAUUGCACAGCAGAUAGAGUAUCUGUGGGAGUUAAAAGCUGCAAUGACGCGUAAUGUCACGCUUGCGGUCAUAGUCUCUCUUCUUGAAGACCCCUUGGAACAUCUGGAACGCAAUGCAUUUACAGAGGACGACUGGAAGCUGGUUCAGCUUGUGCUUACCCUUUUUCGAAACCUCCUGGCCAUCCAAGAAAUUACAUUGCAGCAGAAGACAUCUGGGUUGGCUACUCGGUUUUUGUGUCUGACAGAUAGAUUUCUGGAGCUCAUGUUUCAGGAGAAUGUUAUGGACUUGAUCUUAGUACUCACCCAGCACAUUGAUUCUUCUGCUUAUCUUCAGCAUGACAAUUUGCUUUUACUGGAGAUUUUCCACUAUAUUGUUCUGGGUUGGGACCCAGAAUUGAUUGCUCGAGCUUCAAGACAGGGUUCCAAGGUUAAUGGAGAUAUCACAACUUCUGUAGAUUCUCUCAGGUCAAUUAUGGAGGCGGAAGAGAUAAAAAGAAGAAACAUAAGGCUAAGGAACUUCGAACGUCAUUCACAAUUUAGUGGAACAUUUACCUGCCUUACCAUGGAUGGCUCUAAAACAUUGUUUAAAGGCAAUCCAUCUUCUGCCUCUGGAAAUGGCUUGCUAAAAGUUCUUAAGGUUCAACGAGGUCCAUUAAAAAGAACUGCAUGGGAUCAUGGUUGCUUGUCUUUGCCAAAGGAGAGUACUUUGGAAUUGUUACACAACUUCUUAAAUCAGUUUCUAUCAGAAGGCUACAAUGUUUUGAUGCAGUCCCUUCGUGAAGAUAUCGAGAAGGAGCACCAAUCCAUUCAGAACACUGAUGUUAUUACGUUUUUCCAGCUUGCUAAUUUUGUUUUAGCUUUUCAAUAUCGGAAGGCCUCAAGUUCAAAGAAACCUGGCAUGGAGGGACCUAUGUCUGAAGCUUUGCCUGACCAUGUUAAUGUUAAAAACCUGUCAUUCCAUGGGAAUUUAUGUGGACCUAUUGCAGCAACUAUGAAUGAAGCCAUGUUCCUUUUAGUCAUGUCCAAGUGGCGUGAGGCUUUUGAGGGAUUGAAAGAAACUAGUGACUACAAAUCUCUAUCAGCUGCAGGAUCUCUGAUGAAAAACAUGAUUUGCAUGUUAGAUUUGGUGCUAAAGUUAUUGCCUGAAGAUGCAAAAGAACCUCAGACAGCUCGAAUACUUCUAUAUAAGUUAUUUUAUGAUCAGACGGAUCAAGGGUUGACGCAGUUCCUCUUAAACCUGUUCAAAUCUUUCGACACUCAUAAACAGCCUAAAAGUGAUCUUGCAGAUUUGCUGGAAAUAAUACAUGUGGUGUUACGUCUUAUGGAGCAGCUUCAAGCACGUGGAACAUUAAGGGUUUCUAAAAAAUCAAGAAAAUUCAGAAAAAAGAAGACGCAGAAAGGAAAUGAAGUAGAGGCUGAAAAACUGAGAGAACAUGCCAAUCCCUGGAAUGCUGAUGAACAGACAAAUGAGAUUGGAAGGCCUACUUUGGAACCAUUUGCUAAUUCAAACAACUUAACCAAGGAGCCAUUAGCAGAAUCUAUUUUUGUUGACAAGGAAGGUGCUAACCAAGAAGGCAACUCAAUCUCUAAUCCUGUUGCAGAGCCUGACAUGCCUUUGCAGGAUACCGGACAUCUUGAGGAUGAUUUAUCUAUUUUGGACAGGGACAAGGAGAAUAAUCCCAUUGAUCUCACAUAUGAAACAGCAGAUUCUUCAAAUGAUGAUCAGCUCCCUGCUACAAGUGAAGUUGAUUUUAACAUAUCCAGGUUGGUUACAAGUUUUGCGAACAAUGGUGUUUUACAUAAUUUGUGCUGGUUGCUUAAAUACUAUAAAAGCAACUCAGCUAGUACAAACCACUACAUCAUAUGCAUGCUGCAGCGUUUCUGUGAUGAUUUGGAGAUUUCUCCAAUGCUCUACCAGUUAUCGCUCCUCACCACAUUCUAUGCUAUACUAGCUGAUGAAAAAUCAUCUAAAGAAUAUGCAAGUAUUGUAAAUUUUCUCACCAAACUUGUAAGGAAGAUGCUGAAGAUAAUGAAGAAACAACCGUUACUUUUUGUUGAGAUUCUCUUUUGGAAGACACGCAAAGAAUGCCACUGUAUCAAUGCAGAAGCUCUAAUGAGUGAUAUUGCCAAUUUAAAGAAAGACAUCAGAGAUUGGGAUAAUGAUGAAGUUGGUUUGUCAAAUGGAGGGUCAAUCCAGAAAAGCAUAGCGGACUCACUUGGUGAUGAUGAAGCUGAUCUUAUACCACAUGAUGUUUAUGAUGAAAGGGAGGAAAGAUCAUCUGAUGGAUCACGUGAAGAUGAUCUGUACCAAACAAAGCAAACUAUGGGCAAAAGGAACAACAAGAGAUCCACUUUAAACAAUGAGCCUGAGAAGGACAGAAGCUGUAGAAGAAAAAGAGUACAAGUCUUUUCCAAGGAACAGGAGCUCGAGAUCAAAGUCCUAUUCGAAAGGUUUAGGAAUCACAAGAGGUGCAGUCACAUGAUUGCAAAAGCUUUGGAUGCCAAUAAUACAUACACUGCUGCUCAAGUUUCUCGUAAACUCAAGCAACUUGGUCUGCUUGCUCCUCAAGAAAUGAGGUCAACUAAUGCUAAGAAACUAUCAUGCAAUAAGGAAAUCAUCGACAGAGGAGAGCAGUCUGAUGAAGAAACUUUACUGGCAUUUAAAUUAAGAAGCCAAAGAAAAAAGAGCAAGCUAUUAGUGAAGGAGACUACGAUGACAAGCAUAUCUCAGCAUAUGGAAACAUCCAUAGAGCAAGAUUCUGAUUUCGAGACUUUAAGCACCAUAUUCAAAAGCCAAGAAAGGCAAAAUAAAUCACUCGUGAAGGAGGGUACAAUUGCUAGCAUCUCUCAGCACAUGGAAACAUCAGCGGAGCGAAAUUUGUUCAAAGACAUGGUCUCCCAGGAUGAGUUGGAGCCAUCUCAUAGCAAGGAACAUGAAGUUGUUUUUGCUGCUGUGGAUGAUAGGUAUCAGGCUGAGCCGGACAACCUUGGUAAUAGAGAACAAGAUGGAGGCAAUGAGUUGGAGGACUUGGUCGACCCUGGGGAUGAUUUAAGACCGGAUGUACCAAAAAUUUGGAUUCAGAAGAAACCUCAAGUUGAUUGUUGAUGAUGAAGAUGAUGAGUGAAACAGAACGUGUAUAGGGAAUAUAUGAAGAAUUUAAGGAGAAAUUUUUGUUUGGAUCGAGUUCUGUUAUGCCUACCCCGAAUGAAGCACCAGAUUAUGGAGACAACAGUCCAACACGUGAAGUACAGAAAAUAAUUAAGCAAUAUUUUACAAAGUUUUUUGUGUGGCAGGAAACUUACAGCCCUAUUAACUGGUCUGACCAGAUUGAUUUAUACAGCUGAAGGAUCUGUCGAAAGUGGCAUUCUCAAUCCAAGUUCGAGCAGCUGCAUGACAGUACUGAUUUUGCUGGCAAAGAACCGAGUGGAAGCAUGCAGCUAACCCUAAGCAAUUUUAGAGAAGAUGUUAAGUAAUACAUAUAGAGCAUAUUUUUGACAGAGAUAUCAACCCUAAUCUGGGUGGGGUUUGUAUGCGCCAACCUUGGUAAAUCUUGUUCGUUCUCAUUUUCCAACCUUUGUACAAAAGAAGAUUUUUCAAAUAUUUUGAUGGUCAUUACUGAAUGUUUUGCACUUCAUCCCAUUUCCUACCAUCAAUUUUUAUGGCCUUGCUGAUGUAA